AUGAAGUACUCGAGGUCACUUACUGGUUUAUGCCAGUAUAUACUGCUUUCAUUGGUUUUUUUAAAGCAAUUGAAUGCUGAAGCCUCACAAUUUUCUGAAGACGAGAGCACAUAUGGUGGAGAUACAACCUUCCCCUACAAAGAAAAUAUGCAUAUAAAACCUUUGCCUCGCAAUCAUCUGAUGAUGAGUUUUUCAUUCAACAUGACAUCUGAAUCGUUUGUUCCAGGAAAAUCUGCAUCUAAUUUUGAUCAAUAUAGCCAUUAUUAUGCUUUCCCAAAGGCGAUAGAGCCUCUGCUGCACCAUACUUCUACAAGAAAGUUGAACCUAAGAUUUACUAGAGGUUUUUGGAAUUCUAAACAAUGGGGUCGUUUACCAAAUGACGGUUUCAUGUCUGGAAGCUCUGGUGUUGAAUUAUGGGCCGUGAUAGAAGCAGCGUCCAAAGAAGACGCUUAUAAGCAAUGGAAAUCACUUGCCAAUUCAUUGAGUGGUUUAUUUUGCGCUUCUAUUAACUUCAUUGAUAGCUCUAAAACGACUUAUCCUGUACACUCAUUUCAACCAGAUGAAGUCACCGGAGGUGAGCUUCCAUUAUUUCAAGAUAAGAACGAUCUGUAUCUAAUUAGAGCUGCACUUGCAAACGAGCCUGUGUGUACUGAAAAUCUGACUCCUUUGGUGAAACUAUUGCCAACUAAAGGCAAAGCAGGUAUUUCUAGUCUAUUGGAUGGUCACAAAGUGUUUGACUCGCUCUGGCACAACUUGGCCAUAGAUGUUAACACGAGAUGUGAUGAUACAGAUGGAGGAAAAUGUCAUUUUGAAAUGGAGGCAUUAGUGAAUAUGGCAAUUCACGUCCCAAAUGUGUUACAUAGAAAUGAGAAUCCUAUUCCUAGACCAUUGCGUGGUGAGGAGUUGCGCUGUGAUGAAUCAAAAACUCACGAUGAGUAUCACUGUUUCCCUUCAAGUGAAGAAUCUAAAGCACAGUAUCUCUUUUCGAAAAUAUUUGGGAAGACUAUAAGGGGGUCUAAGGCUAUGGUGCUUCAUGUUUCUAACAUUUGUGUGGAUGUGUCAGAUAAAUGGACAGCUUUGAUCAAAGUAAAUGAUGGCUACUUUUCCACAAGUGAUAACUGUUUUGACCUGAACGAAGAGAGUGAAUAUGAUUUAUUUUUAAGUACAGAAGACACAAAUGAUAUUCUUCCAGUUGAAGAUGUUCCAGUGUAUGUGAGUAGAUCUUUAACAGGGUCGGGCCAAGAUUAUGGUGGUCUACGUGCAGUUUUCAAUAAUCCAACUUCUGAACCUGUUAAAAUAAUUUACUUUGAAUCGCUACCAUGGUUUAUGAGAAUAUACUUGUCAACUCUCACGUUAGAUGGUAAGGAUAUUGAUAAUUCAAACCUACCAGAUAUUAUCAAAUCUACAAAUUAUACUCCUUCUAUCGAUCGUAAUAGGCCCACACAACUAGAAUUUAUAUUGACAAUUCCUGCAUACACAUCUUUUUCAUUGUCAUAUCAAUUUGAUAAAGCUCUUUUACACUUUAGCGAGUAUCUUCCUGAUGCAAAUCAUGGUUUCGAAAUUGAAUCAGCAGUGAUUACAGUUAUCCAUCCAGUCUCAUAUCAGUUUAGAACUUCAACAUUACUGCUUUCAAUAGCUACCCCUGAUUUCAGUAUGCCAUAUAACGUCAUCAUUAUAACAUCAACCGUAAUGGGUUUGAUCUUUGGUAUGCUAUUCAAUAUGUUUGUUAAGAGAAUGAUGACACUGGAAGAAGCUGAUAAAAUACUGGUCACACGGACAUUGAAGUACAAAUUGAAUGUACUCAGACAGAAGAUUCUAUCAAAAUUUCAAAAACUAACUAAAAAAGAUUAA